UUUUUUGCUCUCUCUUUCUUUUUAUGAGACCGACCGUCAAGUCAAGCCUUGCGAUAUAUUGAAACUAUUUUAUCCGUUUUAUUAUCAAAUUAUACUUUAAACCAUGGCAGAUGGUGUGCAAAUAUUAAGGCGCAACCGUCCCGGAUCUAAAGCAAAAGACUUUUGCCGUUGGCCUGAUGAACCUUUCGAAGAGAUGGAUAGCACUUUAGCCGUACAACAAUUCAUACAGCAAACAAUUAGACGAGAUCCGGCCAAUCUUGAAGCUAUUUUGAAAAUGCCUGAGGCGCAAGACGAAGGUGUUUGGAAGUACGAACACUUAAGGCAAUUCUGUAUGGAGCUAAACGGUCUAGCAGUCCGCCUGCAGAAUGAGUGUAAACCAGAAACAUGCACACAAAUGACUGCUACUGAGCAGUGGAUUUUCCUGUGUGCUGCUCAUAAGACACCUAAGGAGUGUCCUGCAAUUGACUACACACGACACACCCUGGACGGUGCCGCAUGCUUGUUAAACAGCAACAAAUAUUUUCCUAGCAGGGUGAGCAUCAAAGAGUCAUCAGUGGCAAAAUUGGGUUCAGUAUGUCGCAGAGUAUACCGAAUUUUUUCACAUGCAUAUUUCCAUCAUCGGUCAAUUUUUGAUGCUUUCGAGAAGGAAACUCAUUUGUGCGAAAGGUUUACUUAUUUUGUCACAAAGUAUUCAAUUAUUUCUAAAGAAAUAUUGAUUUUGCCAAAACUUGAAGGUGAAGUACCUCUCCCUCAACCAGCUGGAGAAUCAGAAGCCUGAGAUUCAAAGAAAUAAUUCACUUGUGUUGUGAAUUAUGUACUCUGGUGAUCAGUAAAGUGGAAGUUUAGCCAUUUGAGCUAUAUAUAUAGAGAAAAAGAUGCCUCUUGACAUUUAAAACUAUCAUUUAUGUAUUGAUAUGUUAGUGCAGUGGUUCCGAAACUUGACUGGGAUCCAACUGAUCUAACAAAAAUGCCAUAUUCAGGGCUCACCUCUUGGCCGUUUUAAAAUCAGGGCAUAAAAUAUUAUUGGUUACACCAAUAGGUUGCGACCCAUAGUUUGGGAAAUGCUGCACAUUUUACCUAGUUCUGCUAAUGUUUCUUUUUUAAACAGCUUGAUACUUUGCUAUAAUUCAGGCGUGGUUUACACAAAGUUGUAGACCAUAGCCUGAUGGAAGUGAUGGAAUAUUGUAAUGUUUUUUAGACAUUCAUAACCACCAUAGGCUAUUAAAGGUUUAUAAUUUUUUUGAGUAUAGGAUAACUAUGAAUAAUGAGAUGUUAUAUAUUCCAUUGUAACCAAAUUAAGUAGAAUCUCUUAUUCUUUGUAAGUGUGUCAUAAAAUAUGUAGAACCUAUAUGGAUGUGAGAAUGAUUAUCUUUAUAGCAACUAGUGUCUACUAGCAGAUUGUAAAAUAGUAAACUUUGGACUUUAUUAAGAGGCAAUUUUAGACACUGAAAUAAAAUAUUGUAACAAAUACAAAAAUAUAUUAGUACAUUAGUAGUAGCACAGAAUAAAUAAUAGUACUAGGUACAGAAGACUCACUCUCUACUCUAACAACACGCGUCUGUCACGAUCAGCACAGAUAUGGCCGCUAGGUGGCGACAGCGCCACGCGCGGCUUAUGGCAAACCCCAAAAUUGGGGUCGAACGGACGUACUUUUAGCUACCUGUAGCAAAGCGACGAAAUCGCGGAGUGAGCCACGCCUGGUAGUACUUUUAAUUUGCAUACUAUUUUACUUUUUAGCACAGUGUAAAAGUUAUUAUAUUUGGUCUUGAUGAACCUACCCAUUCUUGGGCCCACACACUAAACAUGAUUUAUGUAUGUCAACAUUAGUAUAUAGUUUGAGAUUACUAUGACACAUGUGGUCACAUUUUGCAGAUCUAACGCUUUCUGCACUGCAUUAUUUAAUAUAAAGGAAAUUUCUGUUAAUUAAACAAGUAAACUCUUGGAACUGAAAGGGUUAAAAUAAGAUGUUAGUAAUAGGUAUUACAUAUUUCUUAUUAUUAACCUAUUUAUACUUAGUCAUUUUAAAAUUACCUUGUAACCACUUUAUCAAUUAUCAUAAACUCUAAUAAAAUUGUAGUAUUUUA